AUGGGUCGUAUGCAAAUGAAAGGUAAAGGUAAGGGUAUCUCCGGAAGUGCCCUCCCCUUCAAGAGAAGAUCUCCUAAGUGGCUCCACAUGACUCCUUCUACUGUCGUUGACCUCUCCGUCAAGUUAGCCAAGAAGGGUCUUACCCCCUCUCAAAUUGGUGUUAUCCUCAGAGAUCAACACGGUAUUCCCCAAGUUAGAUUCUUGACUGGUUAAAAGAUCCUCAGAAUCCUCAAGAAGAACGGUUGUGCUCCUCAACUCCCCGAAGAUCUUUACUUCUUGAUCAAGAAGGCUCUCUCCAUCAGAAAGCACUUGGAAAAGAACAGAAAGGACAAGGACUCUAAGUACAGACUUAUUCUUGUUGAAUCUAGAAUCCACAGACUCUCUAGAUACUACAAGCUCAACCAAAAGCUCCCCCCUAAAUGGAAAUACAACGCUCAAACUGCUUCUGCUUUAGUUCAAUGA